AAAAUCAAUAAGGAGGUGCGUUCUUAUGGUGAUAUAUGUGUGUGACACUGUCAGGUUAUUGUAGAGUGGGAGUGUCUUAGAAAAAAAAUUCAAAUAUUCCUUGAAAGUUGAAGUUUUCAGCUUUUUUACGGAUAUUAUCACUGAGAUCAUCAGUAAAAUGAUACGUUUCAUACUCAUCCAGAACAGAGCUGGUAAGACACGCCUUGCCAAAUGGUAUAUGAAUUUUGAUGAUGAUGAAAAGCAGAAACUGAUAGAAGAAGUUCAUGCAGUUGUCACUGUUCGAGAUGCUAAACAUACAAAUUUUGUAGAGUUCCGUAACUUCAAGAUAGUGUACAGAAGAUAUGCUGGUCUUUAUUUUUGUAUCUGUGUGGAUAUCAGUGACAACAACUUAGCUUACCUUGAAGCCAUUCACAAUUUUGUUGAGGUGCUCAAUGAAUAUUUCCAUAAUGUUUGUGAAUUAGAUCUGGUUUUCAACUUCUACAAGGUAUACAGUGUUGUUGAUGAAAUGUUUCUAGCAGGGGAGAUCAGAGAGACAAGCCAGACGAAAGUACUAAAGCAGUUGCUUGUAUACAAUUCCUUGGAGUAAACUAUUUACUUUGUUGUUUUGUGCCAAGUUUCUUGUGAAGCACAGUGUACAACUUAAAGAUACUUCCUGUGAUCAAGCAAAUUUUGGCUCUCAUUAAACCUAAAUAUCAUUUGUUACAAAAGUUUGUGGGUGUUAGAAUUUCACAAUACUGUGAAACAGUUGCAGUAUGCAAUAUUUAUUUCAAAACAUGGUAUUUAGUGAAACACAGUUCAAAUAUUGUGUAAUUAUCCAGAAAAGUUCUUUUAUAGUGAAAAGUGUAGAACAACUACAUUGUAAGUUGUAACUAAAUGGGGAAUGAAAAUAGUGUGUUUACCAAAAAUGUUUUAAUGCUGCUAUAGAAUAUUAUUUCACAAGCUAUAUUUUGAAAGUGAAGGUAAUUCCACAAUGAACUGGCAUGCUGAUGAUAUUAAAAAUUUGUUUGGCCUUUUAUGAAUUUUGAAAGAGGUCGGCCUUCACAUCAUUAAUUCUGUAGUCAAUAUGACAGAAUUUAUUUGAAAAUUAUUUUUCAAGAUGAUAGCUUGAGUUGUACCCUAAGAGGUUUGGUUUAGUGUAUGACAUAAAUUUACCACUGAAAGUUCAAAAAGUACUUUAUAAGGUGAUAAAUGUGAAAGCAAAAUUGAAUUUUUAAUAUUAAAAGUAGAUUCUUCUUUCAGAAAUAAGAUAUUGUAUUGAAAUAUUAGUAUAUCUCAGAUCAAAACUUAAAGAAAAAGGCUGACUGUGUAAUUCCACAUGAAAUUUAGCCUAGUUUUAUAACUGCUUUAAUACUUUGUAACUUAAGUCAUUUCCCUAUCCAUACUG